GCCAACUACUUGACUACGUACGAGCUAGCGGUCGGUUCGGUUGUAUUAGCAUUAGCACUAGCGCUAGCACUGGAUUUAACCGCGGUGCCGGAACCGUGUUUCAUCGUCGUUCCUUUUUUUGAACUCAUAAUGUUUUUAUAAAUGUUUCCCACUUGGUGUUUAUUAUUUCGAGCAACGGGUUUACAGCAUUUCCCGCGAUGGAACAGCUAGCUGUUGCUAAUCUAGCCGCCGGCUGAGGAUGGCAGUCCAUCAGGAGAACUCCUGUUUGGAGGAGGAGGAGAUCAUCUCGGAGGUGUGAACUUCAGCAGCAUUUGUUACUAUUGAUACAGUACAUAAUGGGAAGGAUCAGUUUUUCCUGCCUGUUUCCAGCAUCAUGGCACUUCAGCUUCUCUCCUGCCGUGUUUCCCCGCAUCAUUCUCCCCUCGUUCAGGCAGCUGCUCCUACUAGGUUCACUGGUGGUGCUUGCAGGUCUCUUCUACCUGCUGUUGGCCACUGGCAAAAGCCACAACAUCUGGCAACAAGACAAGCAUUAUCACAGGCAUUUAUCACGGGUGACUGAUAUGGAGGCCACUGACACGAGUAACCCCAAUCUAAACUACGGCGUGGUGGUGGACUGUGGGAGCAGCGGCUCACGGGUGUUCGUGUACACCUGGCCUCGGCACAACGGAAACCCUCACGACCUGUUGGACAUUCGGCAAAUGAGAGACCAGAACCGCAAACCGGUGGUCAUGAAAAUCAAACCAGGUAUUUCUGAAUAUGCAACAACACCAGGAAAAGCCAGCGAUUACAUGUACCCUCUGCUAAACUUUGCUGCUGAGCAUAUUCCGAAAGCCAAGCACCAGGAAACCCCUUUAUACAUAUUGUGCACUGCAGGCAUGAGGGUUCUGCCAGAAAGUCAGCAGGAGGCUCUCUUGGAGGAUUUGCGAACGGACAUUCCCGUGAAUUUCAACUUCCUCUUUUCCGACUCGCACGUGGAAGUCAUUUCGGGAAAGCAGGAGGGUGUGUAUGCAUGGAUUGGGAUUAACUUUGUGCUGGGAAGAUUUAAUCAUGUCGAUGAUGGUGACAAUGAGGUCGUGGAGGUCCAGGUUCCCGGUGGAGACCAGCAGGAGACGUUGGUGCGCAGACGCACGGCCGGAGUGUUGGACAUGGGCGGCGUCUCCACUCAGAUAGCAUACGAAGUGCCCAAAACUGUAAGCUUUGCUUCCCAAAAACAGGAAGAGGUGGCUAAGAAUUUGCUGGCGGAGUUCAACCUCGGCUGUGACGCUCAUCGCACCGAACACGUGUAUCGCGUUUAUGUCUCGACGUUCCUGGGGUUUGGUGGAAACGCAGCGCGCCAGAGAUACGAGGAAAACCUCGUCAGCAGCACUCGCCUCCAAAACAAGCUGUUAGAUCAGCAUCGCGGUGAGACUCCCAACUCCCCCGUGCUUGACCCGUGCCUACCCUCGGACCUCCAGGAUGAGGUUGGUCCCCCCGCUCAGAAGCUCCACCUGCGCGGUAGUGGCGAUUUCGAGCAGUGCCGUCUGCAGUUGCAGCCGUUCCUUAACCGCACCAACGAGACCAGCACUUCUCUGAACGGUGUCUACCAGGCCCCCAUCGACUUCACCAACAGCCAGUUCUAUGGCUUCUCCGAGUUCUACUACUGCACAGAGGAUGUGCUGCGCAUGGGCGGAGAUUACAACUCCACCAAAUACGCCAAUGCUGCAAAGGACUACUGCGCCACCCAGUGGAAAAUAUUGAGAGAACGCUUUGACCGUGGCCUUUAUGCCUCUCAUGCAGACUUGCACAGGCUGAAGUACCAGUGUUUUAAAUCGGCGUGGGUGUACGAGGUGUUCCACUCCGGUUUCUCCUUCCCUGUGGGGUAUGAGAACCUGAAAACCGCAUUGCUUGUCUAUGAUAAAGAGGUGCAGUGGACUCUGGGAGCCAUUUUGUACCGCACACGCUUCCUACCUCUAAGGGACAUCCAGCAGGAGAGUCUGAAGGGCUCGCAUUCACACUGGCACCGUGGCUUCAUUUUCAUGAACAAUCAUUAUCUCUUCCUGGCCUGCUUCAUGGUGGUGCUACUUUCCAUCAUGCUCUACUUGCUCCGACUGAGGCGCAUCCACCGCAGAGCCUUGCUGAAUCGGGGGCCUUCCGCUCAGUGGCUCGAGGAAGGACUGGGCUCUCCGGAUCUUCCUGUCACUUUAUAGGACAUAAACAAAUCAAAUCGCUCUAAGGGAACUCGGAGCAAUUUUUUUUUUUUAAAUACGUCAAGCCCUGUGAAUCCUGCACCUCUCCGAUGCCUUUAGGGCUUUUAAUAAAGUCCCAUCUAUCAUCCGACGUGAUUUGGGAACUGCUGGUUUUCGAACGAAUCUUGACCUCACUUUCUUCCCAGGCCCUGUACUGUUGGGAACGGUCUUCGAUGUUUUUUUCUUUCAUGUUAAUGUUGACAAACGACUUUAAAUUGUCGAAAGGCCGGCAGAAAAAUGCUUUUCAGUGCAAUCGUUCUUCAUUGAGACUGCUCCAGAGUGCCUGGUCAGCCGGACGUCACGAUUCCAGAACAUUUUACGGACAACUUCUGCUGUCUUUAAACGUAGUCAAUGUGAAAAGUACUGAACGCGAUGUCUGCAUGAGGUUUAUUUGUGUACGCACAUGCAGUAAUUUAAGGCCUUGUCCGCAAAUAUACGGAUUUUUUUUUCUUUUUAUUUUACAACAAAAUUCAUGUUUCUUACCUGAAAAUAUCUCCACCAAAAAGCUUACAUGAGCAGGCCAGGCCAGUAGGUGGUAGUAUUAUAUAAAAUGGUUACUUUAACAUGUAAAAAGCGUGCAAGUGGUACAGAAGGUGAGAUAGACGGGGGGGAAAUAAUCACACAUUGUGAUUGAUUGAUUAUUUAUCCAGAAAUGUAAAACCAAUGUUUUCUAAAUUUCCAUAUACAUGUGGCCUGUCAUGUCUUGGUUUCUCUCUGACUAGACUCUCUGAAAGGAAGCAUCAGCUGUCCAUCAUCCAUGGGUAUUUUGGACCAGUGGUUCAACCAGAGCCAAACUGUAUUGUUUUAUUCAUACCAAAUUCGGAGAUGAUUUUGCCACGUCACACGUGCUCAUGAGUCAAAACUUGUGAUGGACAAAGUUAAAUAUGACGAAUUAAUUGCCAUAUUCUAUCAAGCUUCGAAUGAUGCUGAUUAAAUUAAACGCCUUGAAACUUGAAGCUGAUUCCUGGCAACGGCAAAAUCAGGACAUGGUAGCCAGGCUACAGAACCUAUAUUAUUUUUUACUUUGUUUUCUAUAGCAGCCCAGAAUAUAUGGGUAAAGCGGAUAAAACAUGGUCCUCAGAUUUCACUAUCCAGUCAGUAGGAUUUUGGCUCAUUCUUACAAUCUGAACUUUUUCUUCAAAUGCGACUUUUUUAUGAAUCAACUGUUAUCCUCCUCCUCAAUUUUUACUUCAUUCCCUUCAGAAAGAAGUGUCCACAAAUGGUACCACAGUAUGGUUGUGUGUGUGUGUGUGUGUGUGUGUGGUAAUUGAGAGUACUAGUCACAGUAAUUAGUAUUUGGACUGUUUUGUAGUAUUUGCACUGUAUUACUAUUUAUUUGACUCUCGUUUUUUUUCCCCUAGCUUUACUAGAUUAGUGUUUUUAGUUUUUUUUUUUUUUUUUUCCUCCAUUCUUUCUUUUCUUUAAUGCUUUUCCAGGUGCCGGUUUGAUCUUUUUUUUUUUUUUUUUUGUUGUGAGUUAUUUAAUAGUAAUUCGAUGAUGGCUGUAAGUUUUCACUCCCGAUCGAAGUAUGAAGAAAAGCAGUGCAAUAUUUUCAUGAAAAGGAACACACACCCGGUAUUUCCUCUCCUCGUCUAGACUUGCAUUCGGAUGCCGGGGAUUUCCACAGCGGUAUAUCUCCCGUUGCAUAUUUAAUCAGAUCAGAUUUGUGCAUCAUUUACUACUAAUAACUUACCAAAGAGUCAAAAGAGAGAGAAAGUUCUUAUCAUCGGGUUUAAUAUCACUCAAAACUCCUGUCCUCAAAAACCCGCAGAAUCAAUAAUCAAAAGUCGUCGUUCACAAGCACUGACCGUAACAUGCAUGUGGAAACCGUUUCUUUAAAGAAGUGAUGUUAUUUUACAUCCAUUAAACCAAAACUUGA